CUGUGUGCAGGUAUUUGCCCUACUUUCUGCAGGGUGGGAGCCUGUGCAAAAGAACUGCAUGUACACUCACUGUUGCUGAUGGUUUAUGUGGCGUUAAGCCGGAGAAACUCCACAUCCCCUUUUUCUUGUGCCUGUCCCCUGUAUGUAUACGUGGGUCUGGGAGUGUGUGUUUGUUUGAAUGUGUGUUUGUUUCCAGCUCUCACCGGGUUGGGUGCGAUAUUACUGAGGGGCUUCCUGCUGCAUCCAUCUGCCUGAAAACUAAAGCUCUGAACUGUCACUGCACAUCGCAGGUUUUCAUCAGACAGUGAGGCUGGUGGAUGUCCUUCUCUCUCAGGCUAACAAAGGAGCUCCUCAAACACUUGAACCUCAGCGGCGCAGCAGUUUGAAAGCUUCCAGCAGACUAAUGACUGUUUGAGGGGACGCGGACCCACCGUGGCCCAUGCACUGUACCCGUUUCCCUCCCUGUCCUCCUUAUCCCUCAAGCUGACGCAAAACCCCAGACACCUACCCCCCCUCCCCCAUCCCCACUCCCACUCCCACCCCAUCCCCAGCGACUCGCCUCCUCCUCCCAUGCCGCCUGGCACUGAGACUGUGCACUACAUCCACCUGCACAACUCCAGCCAGUCGGUGCUGGAGGCUCUGCGCACGCAGCGGCGGGAGGGCCUCUUCUGCGAUGUGACCGUGCGGAUACAUGAUUCUUCACUACGUGCCCACGCCUGUGUCCUGGCAGCUGGUAGCCCCUUCUUCCAGGACAAGCUGUUGCUGGGUCACUCUGAGAUCUCCGUGCCACCGUUGGUCCCGGCUGAAACCGUAAAGCAGCUUGUUGAUUUCAUGUACAGCGGCUCUUUGGUUGUGUUGCAGUCUCAGGCCCUCUGCAUUCUCACUGCUGCCAGCAUCUUGCAGAUCAAGACGGUCAUCGACGAGUGCACCCAGAUUAUCUCUCAGAGGAAGGCUGCGGCGGGUGCGGCGGCUGCAGCUGCUGCAGCAGCGGCAGGAAGCGCGAUGCUUGGUGGAGUUCUCCCUAAACAAGAGGAGCGCGGUGGUGGGAAAGGAGCAGAGAGAGGGAGUAGUGGAAGCUGUUCUGUUAGUGCCGCAGGUGGAGGAUAUGCAAACUUCUCUAACUUCAUGGCUGAAUGUGGGGCGAGCAACAUGGGCGGGGGGAUGGGGGGUGCGAGCGUCAGUGAGGGAGGCCCAGGCCCGAUGGAUCAGGCUAACACCGUGAGUCUGAUGGAGCUGGGCAACAUGGGUCCAGGAUCCAUGUGUGGAGGCGACGGACUGGGCCCUGGGGCCGGCACAAUCCUCAUGAAACAGAGCCCCAGCUGCACUCAGGAUGUCAGAUACAAGCUGCGAGACCUGUUGGCGCAGACGGCCAACGGAGCCAGCACUAGUAGCACAGGGAACCUCUCAGCGGGCUGCAGCUCCGGUGUGGGCAGCGUGGACAGCAUCGGCAGGGACAGCCUCCGCGGCAACACGACCGACCUCUCUGAUGACCUGGUGGGGAUAGACCGCUACAGCGAGGAGGAGGACCUGGACGGGAGAGAGCGGGGAAGAGACGGGGACAGAGACAGGGGGGCGAGCCACAGCCGCAAGCAGAGGCAGCCGCUCAGACUCCAGGUGCUGGGAGGAGAAGGAGUGGUGGUGAAAGAUGAGGGGGUUCAGGACCCAGAUGGGACUGUCUAUGCUUUGGAGGACGGUAGAAGAGGCGGAGAGCAGGAUGGCUCCCAGGAAUCUAUGGCAGGCUUUGGACAGGACUUCUAUGAUGAGCAGGGGGUGUUUUCAGAGAGUUUCUGGCCCCAGAGUGAGCCUCCUCAGGCAAUGGCUUUCAACCCCAGAGGAAGGGUCAACAAGCCUCUGACUCCACCUCCAACCACACAGUCCAUCAACAACCAGCUUCUUUUCCAGUACCCAGUGAGCCAAUCACAGCCCGCUCCCUACUAUGUGGGCGGGCCCAUGGGAGGGAUUGACAGCAUGGCAGCGACUGAGCCCAGUCAACAAGUUCCGCCACCGGCGUCCAUGACCCCGGCUCCGCCUCCCUCCACCUCCUCCUGCUCUGCGGGCCCCUCCCCUUCUUCCCAGGGAUCUGAGACCUCGUUCGACUGCACGCACUGUGGCAAAUCUUUACGUUCCAGGAAGAACUACAGCAAGCACAUGUUCAUCCACUCGGGUCAAAAACCUCAUCAGUGCUCCAUCUGCUGGCGCUCCUUCUCCCUGCGCGACUACCUCCUCAAACACAUGGUGGUGCACACUGGAGUCAGGGCCUUCCAGUGCUCCAUGUGCGGCAAGCGCUUCACCCAGAAGAGCUCGCUCAACGUGCACAUGCGCACCCACCGUGCCGAGCGCACCUUCCAGUGCAACGUGUGCCACAGGGCCUUUACCCACCGCACCUUGCUGGAGCGCCACGCCCUGCAGCACGCCCACCAUGUCCCCCAGGCUCAGGCCCAGGGGCGUGGGCCCGACAUGACCUCACCUACCAAGCACAGUCCUCCGGCUCUUGGAGGACCCUCAGGUAUGGCUGGCGCGGCUGGCAUGGUCGGCAGCAUGGCCAACAUGCCCAACCACGGAGCUUCCUCCACCUAGCCAGAGAAAGAAAAGGGGAGAUAUGGGGGAGACAGGGGGAUGUUAGUAAGCCCAUUCCUUGAACCAACACUUAUUUGGUCCUAACGGCCUUGUUGAUCUUUUGUUCUGCUUGGAACAACAUUUAUGGGUUUCCCUUCUUUUUAGCUUAACGUCACCUUCAAUCAGGGUUCCUACACAGGUCUGCAAAGGCUUUUGAGUAUAAAAAUGUCAAAUUGAAUCAUGUUUCUAAUUGCACAAAGAACUGGACAUUUUUUUUAAUUCUAUUUCCACCUUUCAGAAAAAAAAGCCAUGUUAAGUUGUAGUCCUACUGUCACUUCCUGUGUUGUUUUUUGGACAACAAAUCUUAAGCUACAGAGUAGGGCUGCAAAAUGAAUGAAAUUUCAAUCAUGAUCACAAUUUUGGCCGUUAAUUAUGACGUUAAAAUGCAUGCUUCGCCCAUAGAAACUAUGAUAAUUAUUAUCAUAAUAAUUACCCUUUUUAAAGGCACGCGCACACACUUAGCCUGUGCCCCACACAGUGGCUUCUCCUGCCCCACCUCCUUUUUUGUCUUAACUUGUUUGUGUCUGCACUGUUGAUCAGAUGUACAUUUUAUCAAGUCAUCCAAAUAAUACAUUUUGUGUUUCAUUUACGAUUCCAUUUUGAUUCCAUUGACAACAGCGGAUCAGUGUGACAUCAAUCCUUGCACUUAUCUUGCACUUUGCUUCUUUUGAGGUAGUUAAAUUACUCUCAUAUUUUUUGAUCAACCGGAAGUUCAUUCUUUCUUUUUUUUCCAAAAUAAAAUAAUUGUUAUUCCAAAUAGGGAAUAAAAUACACUAAGCAUAAAACAGAACACAAGAC